AUGCAUCGUCCGGACUCCACCCUCAUCGCCGCUCUCGCCACUGCUCGUGCUGCGGCUGCGGAGGGCCGGGCCCGCGUGCGUGAGGCCGCUCUCGCUUGGGAGCGCGAGCGUGACGCGGUCGACGCAUUGGCCCGCCAGAUCGCCGACGCCGAACAGUUCCUCGACCUUCCAGCCUCGCCCGACGUUGGGACCACGUCCUCGGGAUCGGCUCCGGUCGUCUGGCACGAUCCGGCCGACCCCCAUGUGGUGCAGCUCCACUACCACGCAGGGGGCGUCCAGAACAUACGCCUCCUCGUCCCGGUCGUCCUCGAGCCCGAGUCGCCCUCCUACGCUCGUUGGAGGGACUUGGUCCUCCUCACCCUCCGCCGCUACGCCCUCGACGACCACGUCCUCCUCGACACCGCGGGGGUGGUCCCGACCCCCUCGUGGCUACGCCUUGACAACGUCGUCCUCCCCUGGAUUCUGGGGACGAUCUCCCUGGACCUCCACGACCUCGUCCGCAACACCCCGAGUGCGCGCGGGGCCUGGCUGGCACUCGAGGGCCAGUUCCUGGGCAACGCCAAAGCCCGGGCUCUGCGACUCGACGCGAGCUUCCGCACCUUCGUCCAGGGCGACCUCUCCGUCAGCGAGUACUGCCGCCAGAUGAAGGGUAUGGCGGACUCUCUCGGUGACCUCGGCUGGCCCGUGGAGGACCGCAUCUUGGUCCUCAACGUUCUCCACGGGUUCAGUGAUUGUUACUCCUACCUCCGGACGUGGAUCACCCGGCAGCGGCCCUUCCCCACCUUCCUACAGGUCCGUGACGAUCUAGUCAUGGAGGAGCUUACUCAGGGCCUACAGCCUGGGUCCACCUCCGCUCCGGGGUCCUCGUCCUCCUCGACUGCUCUUGCUGCCACUCCUCCGCCCCGUCCCGCCACACCACCACAGUCGUCACUUCUGGGUCCUCUUCCCCCCGGGCCGAGCGGGGGUGGGGGGGGGGGCGUGGCGGCCGUUGUCGUCGUGGUGGGGGACGUGGAGCAGGCCUCCGGUGGCGAGCCUCGCCCGCCGGCGGCCAUGCUCGCGGGUGCUCCCCCGGGGUUUCCCUCAGUAACCCCGUGGGCGGCCCCGUUCCCCGCGUUCUCGUGGGCUCCUCCAUCGGCGACCUUGCACGGGUCUGCCGGCUGGGACCAGGCGGCCUUGGCGCACUCCUUCAGCACCAUGGCCCUGACACCUCCAGUCGGACCGGAGUGGGUCGCCGACUCUGGGGCUACUUACCACACCACUCCUAACCCCGGAUUUGGCUUCCCGACGUCCUCUGCUCCGAUGUGA